AUGUUUGAGAAUUACCUCAUUGCUGCUGAAGAUGAGAGGAAUAAAUUCUCACCGCAACGCAAGAGAGGACUCUUACUACAUUCUAUUGGGGCUGAAGCCCAACGUGUGUUUUACACGCUACGGGAGGAUGCUGUUGAGUAUGCUGAUGGGGAUGACGACUACGUGAAAGCGCUUAAGCUGUUAGAGAGUCAUUUUGCACCCGUGGAAAAUACCAUUGCCGCGAGGGUACGUUUCCGGAAAAGAUCUCAACAUACCAAUGAAACUAUUGAUCAGUUCGUUACAAACCUGCGUGAGUUAGCGAUUCCGUGCAACUACGGAGAUCGGCUUGACGAAAUGGUACGUGAUCAGAUAGUGGAGAAAACCAACAAUCCGAAGUGUCAGGAGCGCCUGCUUUUAGAGAAGGACCCGUCAUUGGAAAAAGCCUUGACAAAUGCACGUCGUGUUGAACAAGCACAGAAAGAAUCGAAAACGAUGGGAAAAGAGGCCGCUAAAUCUGAGGAUACAGUCCAUGCAAUGAAAGCCCAUCAUAAAAAGCCAAGCCAUCGACAGUCGUUUUCAAAACCUACGAGGCCUACGCCGUUUACUGACAAUCGCUCAUGCUAUAGGUGUGGUUCAAGAUCACAUCUUGCUAACUCUAAGGACUGUCGUGCUACACAAGUUACUUGUCAUGCCUGUGGCAAGAAAGGUCACUUACAGAAGUUAUGUAUGCAGGCAAAACGUACAAAUGCUUCUACAGUUAGGCACCUACAAUUCGAUCAAACUUUGGAGAAUGAUCUUACUGGUUGUGUGACUACACAUUCCGUGCCUGGACCUGAUAUGCAUGUGCUCUCACUUGUGAAUGCACCCAAGGACACCAAUGCAAUCUCGUGUACGAUUACGAUGAACCAUGUUCCAAUGCGCAUGUUAGUCGAUACAGGAAGUCCGAGAACUCUAAUCUCCCAAGCGCAAUACGAAAAGUAUUUCGCCCACGUUCCCUUACAACCUGCUGAGGUACAACUCAAGUCUUACUCUAUGGAUAUCGUUAAAGUCUCUGGAACUUUUACCGCCGACAUCACUUACAAGGAUCGUUUGGGUAAAGUUAAGGGAUUCUCUCAUAAAAUCCGUGUGAAACCUGACGCUGUUCCAGCUCAAGCUGCGUUACGUGCGAUACCGUUUGCUAUUCGUGAGGAAGUUCACAAGGAAUUGGAUCGUUGGGAAAAGGAUGACAUAGUUGAGAAGAUCGAUGCUUCAGAGUGGGUAUCCCCACUUGUUGUUGUUCGUAAGAAAACUGGUAAUAUUCGUCUUUGCGUUGACAUGCGUGCGCCAAAUAAGGAGAUUGUCGUUGACAAGUUUCCUAUUCCCAGCAAUGAUGAAUUACGCGGUGAAUUACGCGGUGCAAAAUACUUUGCUCGUCUAGAUCUAGCCAAUGCUUACCACCAACUUGAACUUAAUGAGGAAAGUCGUGACCUCACAUGCUUUCUGACUCACCAAGGCCUUUACCGUUUCAAGCGCGUUCCAUUUGGGCUUGCGUCCGCGCCCAGUGCUUUUCAGAAAAUGAUGAAGAUCGCCUUACAAGGACUUGAAGGUCUACAGUCGUACUUCGAUGACUUAGUAGUCUACGGCCGUACGUGGGAAGAAUAUCGCAGGAACUUGAAAGCUGUUCUUCGCCGAUUAAGUGAACUAGGAAUCAAGCUCAACCCGGCUAAGUGCGAGUUUGAUUUAACGGAGAUGGAAUUCCUAGGUCACAUGGUAACACCGGAAGUAGAGCCAGUGCGCAAGUUGCUUCGUGGAGAUCAGAAGUUUGAAUGGUCUGAGGACUGCCAGACUAGUUUCAAAUGUAUCAAGGAGGAUAUUGGGAACCAUAUCACUCUGACCUUGUUUGAUCCUGAUCUUGACAUUGUUGUUACAACAGAUGCUAGUGGUUAUGGACUCGGUGCCUACAGGAGUCAAUACAAGAAUGGUCUUGAACGUAUUGUUACGUGUGCGUCACAGUCCUCUGAAUUAACCAUUGGGGACAAGACUGUUGGUUACCCAAUGAAAGACAAUGACAUUUACGAGUCCUCUGAAUUAACCAUUGGGGACAAGACUGUUGGUUACCCGAUGAACGACAAUCAUGAUAUUUACGAGUCUGCUGAAUUAACCAUUGGGGACAAGACUGUUGGGUACCCCAUUAAAGACAAUGAUAUUUACGAGUCCUCUGAAUUAACCAUUGGGGACAAGACUGUUGGUUACCCGAUGAAAGAAAAUGAUAUUUACGAGUCAUCUGAAUUAUCCAUUGGGGACAAGACUGUUGGGUACCCAAUGAAAGAAAUGAUAUUUACGAGUCCUCUGAAUUAA